ACUGAGAAAAUUUGGAUACAAGUAAAACGCAGACUUUCAUGACAUCACUGAGCAAAUAUUGAUUGGAGAUUGAUCGUCUCAAAAAAUAACAAUUCACAAAAGCUGAGCAAAUAAAUCCCCAUUGAUUUGGCACCCUUCUACUUGUUCUUUGGAAAUUUUGAUUAACUAAAUGGGUUUGAUUGACGAAGCCAGAGAAAACCAUGUCAAGAAGAAGGUUGAAGAAGCUUUACGCAGCAAAAUGAAGGCAAAAGCACUAAAAGAAUGUGAUCAUUAUACUGCGAAGUAUGCUGAGUGUGCUUUUGGAAGGACACUGUCAGUUGUUUGGAAGUGUAGGCAGCAAGCUAAAGUAUUGAAUAGUUGCCUUCAUCAAUAUACCAAUGACUCUGUUCUGGAAGAAAUGAAGAAACAAUACAUGCUCCAGGAGGAGGCCAAGAGCUCUGCUACAGUAUGAGUUUAUAGCAUGAGGCGUUUAAGUUGAACCAAGGAACCACUGAAGAGCUCGAGUGCAUUGUGUCUUGAUAUCAUGUGUAUCUUGUGUUGGAAUAUCAAUGGUAUGGCAGCUACUUACAUUUUUUUUUCAUAGUUCCUUCCAUUGUUUUACACCAAAACUGAGAAUAAUUGUGGCAAAUGCAAGCCCUGCUAGUUGGUUUUUACUGUAAUGAAUAAGGCAGUCUUGGUUUGUAGGAAUUUUGACAAGUAUCCACUGUAUUUUAACCACUGGUGUUGAGUCCAGCUUGAAUUUUGGAAUACAUAAUUUGCGCAUA